AUGGCGCACGCGUUUAGUACGAACCACACCGCGCUCACGUCGGAAGCCGUCGCUAAAAUUGCGCACCGCCGAACAUCGUCGAUCACUACCCCCCCUCUCUCCUCCUCCUCCCUUCCCCCGUUCAGCUCCAAAUCCUUAGCUCCUGCCACCUUGCGACGGUCACAACAACACCCCUCUCCAGCCAUCCGCUCGUCUCUCACCAAUGGCGCCGCCCGCCGCGCGGGGUCGAUGGACGAGUCCAGCCCGUUCGCGCCCUUCUUCCAGCACGUUUUCCAAUCGGACGUCUCCACCCGUCCGAUGAUGGUCCCGGAUUCGUUCGAGACCGUUCCGAACGUCCAGGACGAGCUUUGGUAUACCAUCCGGGAAGAGGCUCGGCAGGAUUCCGAGGCUGAGCCUGCGUUGGCCUCGUACCUCUACUCCACGGUGCUAGCGCACCGUUCCCUGGAGCGAUCCAUGGCGUUUCACCUGGCGAAUAAGCUCCAAUCGCCGACUCUGUUAAGCACGCAGCUCUGCUCGCUCUUCACCGACGUGAUGCUUCGAUCGCCUGAAGUUCAGGAGGCGCUGCGCGCCGAUCUGCGUGCCAUCUACACCCGUGACCCCGCGUGCCGGAGUUACUCUCACGCGAUGCUGAAUUUCAAGGGUUAUCAGGCGCUGCAGGCGCAUCGGAUCGCGCAUCGGCUGUGGCUGGAGGACCGUCAGGGAUUGGCCAUGGCGCUUCAAAGUCGCGUGUCGGAGGUGUUCCACGUGGAUAUUCAUCCGGCUGCGAGAAUCGGGAAUGGAGUGCUAUUUGAUCACGCGACGGGGCUGGUGGUUGGCGAAACGGCGACGAUUGGUAACAAUGUUUCCAUUCUGCAUCAUGUGACGCUGGGAGGGACGGGGAAGAGCACGGGCGACAGGCAUCCCAAGGUCGGCGACGGCGUUCUGAUUGGCGCUGGCGCGACGCUGCUUGGACCAAUCAGGAUUGGGGAGGGAGCGAAAGUAGGAGCAGGGUCAGUGGUGCUGCUGGAUGUGCCGCCGCGUGCGACGGUUGUGGGGAUUCCAGGGAGGCUGGUUGGCGGGAAAGAGAAACCUGCCAUGUCUACAGUGAACCCUACGUCAGAAACGCGAGGCGACAUGAUCAAGGCCGUGCUGAUCAUCAACAAUCAAGGGAAGGCUCGUUUCGCACGCUUCUACGCGAACAUCAGCGGGGAGAGGCAGCAACAUAUAAUCCGGCACUCGUUUGAAGCUGUGGCCUCUCGCCCACCCACUUGGUCUAAUAUCAUUGAGGACUCCAGCAGGUUCGGCAAGAACAUCAAGCUGGUGUACCGCACGUUCGCUACGCUCUACUUCAUCUUCCUCAUUGACAGAGCCGAGAACGAGCUGGCUGUGCUGGACCUUAUCCAUGUGUUUGUGGAGUCGUUGGAUCGCUGCUACAAGAACGUGUGUGAGCUGGACAUAGUCUUCAACUUCACCAAGGUGCAUCAGAUUCUGAACGAGAUUGUGAUUGGAGGGCAGGUGCUAGAGGUGACAGUGGAUGAGGUGCAUCGAGCCGUGCAGGAGAUAGAGAGGCUUGAGCGGAAGCCAGACACGCCAGCAACACAGCUGCGGCCCAGGGGCGCUCCUCUGCUCUCCUGA